AUGUUUUUAACAAACUUAAUAAAGUGUUACGAGUUAAUAAACAACGAUUUAGAGUAUGAAGAAAUUGUAAUUGAACAAGGUGGUAUGUACCUUAAAAACAUUGAAGAUGAAAGAAGUCCUAUUCAUUAUUCAUUUGUUCCAUUUAAGCAAUUAGCAAGCCCAAUUAAAGUUAUAAAAACACAAAAGAAUCAUGUGAAUUUUAAUAUUAAAAACACACCAUAUGUGUUAUCAGCUCUAGGAAUUACCAUAGUGAGAACUCCUGGACCAAAUGCAACAUCAAACAUAUUAAUAGAUAGAAUAAAUGAACACAAAUAUAAGCUUAAAAUAAACGGUCUCUGUUUGUAUAGAAGUUUAUUACCAAUUGCGGGAGGUCAACAUAUGGGAUUAAAAAUUUGUAGUGACGAUCCUUCAGAGUUUUUUGAACUGCCCAGUACAGAAUUACCAACUCAAUAUAAAAUUUGA